AUGAAAGCUCUCUCCUCUCUCCUCUUUCUAUGCUGGACGGCGAUAUGCUGCCUGCUCACGGCGAUUGCCGGGAUCAUCACGAGCUCGAUAGCUCUCAUCUUGGAUGUAGCAUUAGCAAAUCAAGGAAUCGACAUUGACUUGCGCCCCAAAUGGGAUCAAGGGAGGAUGCUGGCUCAACUGGUUAAGUCUGCAAAGCGACCCACUGUACAGAGACGGCCUCCAAAACCUUCCGCGUGCAAACAUAAGCGCAAAAGGCAGUCAGUUGUGGAACUCAGCCCCAACGAAGGUCCGAUAAAGAAGAAAUCCAGACGUCGAGAUCGUAGUAUACAGGGUUGGAGAUUUGUUAUUCCCUCUCCCGAAGAGUUCGAGUGGGACGAGCAGGUGUUACCUGAAGCUCCGACGAGGGAUCACCCUAUUGACAAAGAUAAGCGGACGGAAUCUCCUUCGACUGAAUUCAGAUCCCAAGUGGGGGCGAGGUCGGUUGGAGUGAAGAUAUGGAGCUUCAAGCUCCCAUCAUCAGGGGAAUUGGAUGAGGGGGACGAAAUGGAAUUAGUUCCAAAUUCUGCCCCUGUUCAUGGUUUGAUUGGCGAUGGAGAUGGCCGGAAAAUCGAUUCAGGACUCAGACCCCGCUAUGGGGCGAGGCCUGGGGAACUCCGGGCUACUCAAACUCCAAAGAACGCCGGGAUCGAUUCCGGGCAGGCAACCCUCUGUCGACCGGACGAUCGUCGUUGGCGACCGGAUCGUAACUGCCCUGUCUCGAGAUGGACUCUUGCCACUCGCGGCGUAUCCCGACAGUUUCGAAAUGGGGAUAGGCGAUCUAACAGACAAAUAUUCUCAAAAAAUCAAAAUAGAGGAUCUGGAUUUUCCCCCCUAACUGAUUGUAACGGAAACAUCCAGAGUCUCCUAAGGCUGAAAGAAGUCUUUCGAAUGCCAUUCUUCCAACCCUCACCAGCCUAUUUAACGCGGCCCUCCGACCCAAUGUUGUUCACUUGCUCUAAGCAACAAAACAAGUGGGAGGAAAAGCAAAUCGACGCGUUCAACUCGGGGCAGAGCAUCUUAACUGGUGAAUCGGACCCUCUGUUGUUGCAGGAGGCAGGUAUGGCUCGCAUCAACCAAGAUCAAGUUGUGGAAUUCUCGCUGGAUGAAGUCCAAGCAUUCCGAGCUCCCAAGUCACGAAUGUUGAUUGGCCGUCUAUUCUCUGCCGACCGACUCCCUCUCAAUGAAAUUCGCGAUGCGGUAAAUCGUCCAUGGCAGGGCCAAGGACGGAUUAUUGUCCGAGAGCUGAAACAUGACCUCCUGGAAUUCACCCUUCCGUCGGACGAAGCGCGAACAUGGGUGCUGCAGAGAACACCGUGGAUUGUCGCGGACAGAAUCCUGCAUCUGCGAGCUUGGAUUCCGACGGUGUCUCAACGCACUUACGAUGAGCUCGCUUGUGCUCCCUUUCGUGUCCAACUCUGGGACGUCCAGGAGGAGUGCUGCACCCACCAAUUCGGCCGCAAGAUUGGCGAUUCGAUGAUUGGCCGGGUUUUGGAGACAGGGAUUUUCUCGUGCUCUUCCACGGCGCGAAAAUUCCUCAAAGUUAAGGCCCUUAUUGACUUCUCAAUGCCCCUACGCUCUCAAGUCAUGGCAACGAAUGCCGAGAUGGGCGGCUUCUGGAUUCGGUUUAAAUAUGAAUUCCUGCCGUGUCUCUGCUUCAAGUGUGGCAGGGUGGGACACUCCCGCCAGGAUUGCACUUUCGACCCGCCGACGAGGAAGGAGCGUUUCGGGCCCCAUCUCUCAACCAAAAGCUUGGGAGUGAAGAUCUUCGAUGGGGAGGACUUGCGAAGCCAGAAUCGCCGGCUGCAGAACUCUGUUUGGGUGAACCCCGCGCCGCGCAAGGCUCCGGCGAAUACAGCUGAGGAAAGGCGACCUGCUCAAACCCAGCCUCGACAGAAGGUGAAUGCUCAUGGGCCGAUGGCGAGCCCACUCUGGAUGGGGACAUCUGACCAGCCUUUCAUAACCACCGAAGCCCAAAUGAAGACGGGCCGAAGUCCAGGCCGUAGUCCAGGCCGAGUCCACAUCUCCAGAAGCCCGAAGGUUGCUUUGGGUCGCCAAGGUCGCAGGGGUAAGGCCAAAACUGGAUCAACAAUGGACCCCAUGGAAAUAGACAGGCCGGCCAAGUCUUCCAAACGAGCGGGCCGUGGCAUUGGAUCCAGACUUGCUACUGGUGGCCCAACAACUGAAGGUCGAUCAGCCCAAGCCCAACAAGGAUUGGGCCAGCCCGAUGUGAGGAAUCCGGGUUUGGGGGAGGGUUUGGCACAACCGGGCCGACGUAGCACUGGCCGCAGACUCGGUCGCCGCCCGACCCCUGUAACGGAGCAGACGAAGAUCCGGCCGCCGGGGCUGAACUCCGAUGAGGCCACCCGCCGCCGCCGCCUGAUUUUGGAAGAGGAAUCUGAAGAGGAAUUCGUUGUCCACGAAAUUCCGACUCCUGGGCAGGGGAGAAGGCCAUCCCCUCUGCCCAAACAGGCGAAUCGAAUGGAGGAGCUGGUUAUUGAAGCCGUUCCACUUCGUAUGAUCCCUCCGGCGUCUCGUUGUAAUUCACAGGGGGGCCCUCCCUGCCGAUCUUCGGAUUCUUUCCAAAUUCGGGAACCCCGGGCUGCUUUGAGCCAUAGUUUGGAGGAGGUGUCCAGGCAAAAGCGGGCGGGUUUGAAGACGGGGGAAAAAGAGAAGGGCAAGGGGCCACUGCUGGCGGAGAAGGAAGUCCUGCCUUCGCUGACUCCGUUGGCAGGAUGGGACUCGGAGGAUACAAGCUCGGAGGAAGAAUCUUCCCUUUAUGAAGUUCGACGGAGGUCCCCUGAAAUUGAAGGGACUUUGAGACGUUUGGUCCGCACGAAUAAAGUGCAGCAGCAGACGGUUCAUUCAUUGGUCAUUACUCCACCUGGUGAUCACUCUCGUUCUGACCUGCGCCCAAUUGAUUAUCACGACAGGGCAAAUAUGGACCCUCGAUGCUACUUGCUGCUUCUGGUAAUUGCGUCAGGAGCUGUGCUGGGAAAUGGGUACAAUCUGAAAUCCGCAACUUUUCUGUCUCCUGGGUUUGUACUAGGACCGGGCUCGGUGGAGAAUCGAGUCUACACGAGCAUCGAUUUCCCUACUGGUCAUAUCGGCAUCAAGAGCUUCGAUGCUGAAGUUGUUGAUGAAGCUGGCAACUCCAUCCCUCUCCACGAAACUUAUCUUCACCACUGGGUUCUGGCGAGGUACCAGGCUUCAAGGAGUAACAACAAGACUGGUACGGUUGUAAGGAACAGUGGGAUAUGUCAGGGAGAUACUCUUGGCCAGUACUAUGGACUUGGGUCCGAAACCAGGAAGACGCCCACUCAAGUUCCCGAUCCUUAUGGUAUUGAGGUUGGGAAUCCUGCUGAGAUUCCAGAAGGGUAUGAAGAGAAGUGGUUGCUGAACAUCCAUGCCAUCGAUACGAGGGGAGUUGUGGAUCGAUUGGGGUGUACAGAAUGUCUGUGCGAGUUGUACAAUGUGACGAAAGAUGAGUCUUUGCGUUCUGAUUACAAGGGAGGUCUGCAUUGUUGUGUUGAUCAUACUCAGUGUAGGGUGAAAGAAGGGUUUCAGGCUGUGAGGAGGAGUCUGUAUCUCAGGUAUACGGUGAAAUGGGUCGACUGGGACAGCGAGAUUCUUCCGGUGAAGAUCUUUAUCUUUGAUGUCACUGAUACUGGGGAAAGGCAGGUUGGUUCUUCCACAGCAGAAGGUCAAGGAAAUGGUUGCAAGGUUGAGUAUGACGUUGAGCCAUGUAAUGCACAUGGCUGGUGUGUUGACGUCAAGAGGACAAAUGUGGUUCUGCCAACAACUGGUUAUGUCGUAUACGGUGUUGCCCACCAGCACACUGGUGGAAUUGGUUCGACUCUGUAUGGAAAGGAUGGACAAGUUGUAUGCAACUCAGUACCGAUGUACGGAACAGGAGACGAGCCUGGGAACGAGGCUGGUUACAUAGUAGGCAUGAGCACUUGCUACCCUGAGCCAGGGUCAUUGAAGCUAACAGCUGGGGAAGAGCUCGUUCUGGAAUCGAACUAUUCGAGCACCAACACCAGAGGGCACACCGGAGUUAUGGGGCUCUUCUACUUAAUGGUUGCAGACCAAGCACCACCACCAGCCAUAAGUUUGCUCCACCAUUCUGUUUCUGUAUUCGGUGGAUCUAGUGAAUGGACCUGGACAAUCCUUUCUCUGUUAGGAUUGGCGGUUGUUGCUGUUGGCUUCAGCAUUUGGCUGAAGAAGCGGAGGGAAACUGAAGAUGGGUACCAUGUAAUUAUGGCGUAGAGGGGAAAAGGAGUGAUCUCCUUGUAUACUUGCUGUCUAUUAUCAUAGAUGAGCAUUUUUAGUUAUACGUUUUACAAGUAGAGAUGUGAUGUGAUGGUUGAGAAUAAAGUGAUGUUGAGACUAGGAUUGAACCAAUUUGCAGUGGUGAGAUAUACAUCAUAUUGAACCUAACUGUUGAGAUAGUAACGAUGAAAAAUUGGCUG